AUGUUUACUGAUUCCUUUCUCUGUCCUCUGCUAGAACAGUGCCGGGAGGCUAAGGCAGAAGCGUACAAAGCCCUUACCAAGGCAGGUUAUGUUAACUGUUUCUUUUGGGAGCAGCCGAUUGUAUCGGGUAACCAUGAUUCUUUUCAAAAGCAGAGUCGCCUCUACUGGAUGAGGCGCAUCGGCCACCGAAUUGGCGGACCGUCCGUCGCAGAAGCUAUGAUUCGGGGCCGAGGUGUUUCUCUCAUUCUUAUAUCCAUCGAACUGAUAUUAGCGUACAGACCUGUUGCGUCGGAUAAUAUGGACCCAGCCGCUUUUCAUUUAGAAGCUUCGGCCUUUUCCCUCCGCCAACGCGCAAUGGUGAUCCAUGUCAAGGAGGUCUUGGUGUGGUACGAUUAUGGUGCGCUGAAGAAGUGCGUUCCGGAGGACAGGUAUAUCCAGGCUGUCUGGAACAAAGAACCUGCUGGCUCAAAAAUAGAGUCUGGGCAGUAG